GAACAACCAAUGUAUUAUGGAUAAGAAGAUGUGAACAAAGAAAAUUCAAUCGCAGAGCGACGAGAAAGAAGAAGAAAAAAAAAAUGGCAGCAACAAGUUCAAUUCCUCUUAACCAGAAUGUUUUUCGUCUCCGUUUCAAACCAUCGAAACGCCAUGCUCUCCUACCAGUCGAGUCCUAUUCAUCUCCUCGUGUUUUUUGCUCCGUUUCUAGGGAUGGUCCAGAACUGAAGGAAAACAAUAAUAUGUCUCCUACAAAGCAGCUUAAGAAUGUGGCUUGUGGAGUUCUUGCUGUUUGGGCCGUCACUACAGCCUCACCUGUUGUUGCUGCUAGUCAGAGGUUGCCUCCAUUGUCGACAGAGCCAAAUCGAUGUGAGCGAGCCUUUGUUGGAAACACUAUAGGACAAGCAAAUGGUGUCUAUGACAAGCCGCUAGAUCUCCGUUUCUGCGACUACUCAAAUGAGAAGUCCAACUUGAAGGGGAAAUCUCUAGCCGCAGCACUCAUGUCUGAUGCGAAAUUUGACGGUGCAGACAUGACGGAAGUGGUGAUGUCAAAGGCUUAUGCUGUUGGAGCUAGCUUCAAGGGUGUGGACUUCUCGAAUGCAGUAAUAGAUCGGGUUAAUUUUGGGAAAGCUGAUCUCCAAGGAGCUUUAUUCAAGAACACGGUACUAUCAGGCUCCACAUUUGAUGAUGCAAAACUAGAAGAUGCAGUCUUUGAGGAUACAAUUAUAGGCUACGUUGAUCUUCAAAAGCUUUGCACAAAUAAAACCAUUAGCCCCGAUGGAAGAGCUGAACUCGGAUGUCGGUGAUCACUCUUGUCCUGGUCUUACUUGUAUCUUCUUUUAAAGCAUUCAAAAUAAAAGGACGAGGCUUCUAUUCAUGGUGAUUUAAUAAAAGUAAUAUCUGGUAAAUAAAAAUACAAGCAUAGUCUUAGGCCUCGUUCUGUUCGCUGAUUUGAGUUUUCAAUUCGAGAUAAAAUGUAACUCUAUGUGAGUGUUUUUAACUGUAGCAGAAAAGGUUAGAUAUCAUUUUUUUAUGAGAAUUUUUAAUUAUAGCAAAACUGAAAUUGAAAACUCGAAUUAGUAAAAUGAACGAGGCUUUAGUGUCUUACAUACAAUACCCCGGAUCAACAAAUUCAUAUUUGAUAGAUGCCAAUACCCUUAUAUAUAGUGAUUAGUUAUAUAAGCACAUUAUGAUAAAUAUUUUUUAGAACCGCAUUGUCAUAGUUAUUGAAG